AUGUCUCGCAGGAAGGACCCGAACACGAAAGGGGAUGUCGAUGUCGCUCUGCAGCAACCCCUGAACGAGUCGGAGUCGGAGCCGGACCGGGCACCGAAGAAAUCGAGACUAGAUUUCAGCUCCAACGAUGGCGGUGAUAAGCGAAAUGGUCUGGACCAGUUCAUGGCCUAUCCUAUCCACAAGGUCAACCGACUCCUGGAGCCUGGGCCCAUCCUGCUUGUGGCGACCGGCUCCUUAGCCAACAAGACGCACAACAUAAUGACAAUGGGCUUUCAUAUGAUGAUCCAGCACGAAGGACCAACACUUGUCGGUGCUUGCAUUGGGCCGUGGGACAAGAGCUAUGAUAAUCUGAAGAAGACGGGCGAAUGCGUGCUCGCCAUUCCUGCGGUGGAGAUGUUGGAGCAGACCGUUGAUAUCGGCAACUGCAGUGGAGAAGAUGUCAAUAAAUGGGUGUCUUUUGGAAUAAACCCCGUCCCAGCUCCUGAUCCUGCAUCUGCAGAUGAGUCUUGGGGUAGAAAAGGGGGAGAGAAAGCGAGAGCACGGGCGCCUUUGGUUGGAGGGAAGGAUGUUAUUGCCAACAUUCAAUGUAUGGUUGAGGACCGAGCGUUGGUGGCAAAGUACAAUCUAUGGGUGCUGAAGGUGACUGGAGCAUGGAUCAAUAAAGACAUGGAUCUAGAGUAUGGCCAGGGAAGCAGAGACCCAGCAGAUGAUGACGAUCGUGUUGGUGGUGGCAAACGAAGGAAGAGGGAAAUGAAGAUGGCUCACCACCGCGGAGAUGGCCGGUUCGUGGUUGACGGAAAGGAAGUCGACAUGAGAGUCAGGAUGGUCAAAUGGAAAGAGUUCCAGGAUUAG